UUGCAGUUUAGCAUUAUCAAUGGAGCCUAAUAUGGAUAAUGAGUAUGACUUAGACCAAAUGAUUGACACUCUGACCCAGUUCAAGUACUUACCUCAGAAACAGCUAGAGUAUCUCUGAGAAACCUGCACUGCCAUCGUUGCUAAAGAGCCUAACUGAGUCGAGCUGCAAGCUCCAGUCAAUGUGUGUGGGAGCCUGCUUGGCAGAAUGAGUUCGCUCCAAGAACUCUUUAACGUGUGAGGACACCCACCUGAGGCUGACUUUUUGUUUCUGGGCAACUACUGCAACGUCGGCAAAUUCGGAGUUGAAAUUAUAUCACUGUUGAUGGCUCUUAAAAUAAAGCACCCAACAAGGGUCACUCUUCUGAGAGGGAAAUUUGAUAACUGGAAUUUAUGAGAAAGAAAAGGUUUUUUUGAAGAAUGAGAAUUAAAGUAUGGAAAUGACUACCCCUUUACUCUGAUUCUAAACUUCUUCAAGCACUUGCCUCUAUGCGCAGUGAUAAACAAGAGUAUAUUCUGCACACCUUCUGGCAUUCCUCGGUGGAUGCAAGUGAUAGAUGAAAUAUUUGAGGUUGACAGGUUCGAAGAGAGUGACUACGAUAGUCCACUGCAAGAGUUCAGCUGGAAUCAAGCUGAUGAACGGAAGGGCUGGAACAUCAGCCAUUUAGGAACAGGCUUCUGCUACGGAGAAGAUGCCACCGAUACAUUUUUAGAUGACAAUGACUUUGAUAAUGCAGAGGGACAGGGGUUCGUAAUUGCCUCUUCAAAACCCUUGAGUGAGGGGUAUCAGUGGGCUCAUGGCAAAAAGAUCUUAUUCAUUCAAUCGUGUCCUAGUAAGUUCAAGUGGGAGUCAAACAGCUCUGCUUUUGCAUGUUUAGAUGAGUAUCUUAGACUAACAAUCCACCAGUUCCAGCCCAUUGCUGACUAUCAUUCUUUUCCUGAGUAAAUGUUCAAUAU